GAGUCGAGUCAAGCCGAGCUGCGAUGGAGAGUGGUGAGGCAGCGAGCCUGCUAGGAGAGCAGGGCCUGGGCCGGCUGUCUCAGUUCAAGACAUACCGUCGGCGGUGGUUUCUGCUGGCCGCCGUGUGCCUACUGAACUGUUCCAACGCCAUGCUGUGGCUGACGUUUGCUCCUGUGGCUGAUAAGACAGCGGUCUACUUCCACAUUUCCCUGGAGAUGGUCAACUGGCUCUCAGUAGUGUACCUCCUCAUCUCGAUCCCAUUUGGUCUGGUGGCAACGUGGGUUCUUGACAGCUUGGGGCUCAGAUGUGCCGUGAUCCUGAGCGCGUGGCUGAACAUGAUGGGUGGCAUCAUCCGGGUUUUCAGUGUCCUGAAGUUCCUGAACUUGGGUUCCCAGAGUUACUGGUACCUAUUUACUGGGCAGUGCCUCUGUGCACUGGCACAGCCCCUUAUCAUCUUUUCACCGACAAAGCUGGCAGCACUAUGGUUUCCAGACCACCAGAGAGCAACAGCAAAUACGAUUGCAUCAAUGUCCAAUCCCUUGGGUAUUCUAAUAGCAAACGUGCUGUCACCUGCACUAGUGCCUGAAGGAAAGCGCAUCCCUUUGAUGCUGGGUGUUUAUGCCAUCCCGGCAGUAACAGCUUGUGCUCUGGCAACUGUGGGGAUUCACGAGAAGGUGCCUCCAACACCUCCUUCGGCCAGUGCCACUACCUCUACCUCCCAGCCAUUCCUCGCAGGGCUCAAAAUGCUCCUGAGAAACAAGGCGUACAUCAUCCUGGCAGUGUGCUUUGGAGGAGGAAUUGGGAUGUUCACCUGCUUUUCAGCUCUGCUAGAACAGAUCCUUUGUGAGAAGGGGUAUUCAAAUGAAUUUGCUGGCCUGAAUGGUGCACUGUUCACAAUGUGUGGUUUGUUGGGUGCAUUCCUGCUAGGCCUGUAUGUCGACCGGACAAGAAAGUUCAUAGAGUCCACCAAGGUUUGUUUCUGCUUGAGUGCACUUGCCAGCAUCGUGUUUGCAGUGACUUCUCGGUUCAGAAACCAGGCUGUCAUGCUGGCCAUCACCAGCUCGCUCUUUGGUUUCUUUGGUUUUGCCAUCUAUCCUAUUGCCAUGGAGUUGGCUGUGGAGUGUUCCUACCCUGUGGGAGAGGGUACAUCUACAGGCCUGAUUUUUGUUGCAAGCCAAAUUGAAGGUGUGAUUUUAAUGAUCCUGCUACAAGCUCUCACCGUCCGUGUUUCUGAGGAUCCGUCCUCCACCUGCACCCUUGACCAGGAUGGAGCCCUGGACUGGACAACUCCAGUUCUGGUGCUGGCUGGCCUCUGCAGUGCUAUGGCUUGUUUCUACAUCAUCUUCUUCCACACUGACUACAAGCGGCUCUGUGCUGAGACAAACAGUGGUGAUUUGGCUAAGGCAGAAGAUACAGCAACAGCAGAUGUUCCUGAAGCCUAGCCAGGCCAAAAAGGGGAUGCCAAGGGUCUAGUAAGGGAAGAACUCAGGUCUGUGGCCAGGGACCAUGACUGCAAAUGCUCUGCUGGCACACUGGGAUAUCAGGGUCCUGUUGCAUAACAGGCCAGGGCUCGGGCAGAAUCACUGGAGCACCUUUGCCGUGCUUCCCUCAAUGUUGUAUUUAUUUGUGAGUCUGGGCUGUAAGAAAGGCUGUUCUGCCAGAAAGGUCAAAGUGGAACUGGACAACUAUGCAGGUAACACAGUUAGCUGACUUGAGUGAAGGUAAAAAUAUGUUGCAGAGGAGAGGAACAUUAUAUUUCAGCCAUCUUGUUAGUUUUCAUGUACUUGGACUGUGGGGGUGGGAGGAAGCUUUCAGGGGUGGAAGCCAUACCUGUCACAGACCUGGUGGAAAACUGUUUAAGGACUGUGGUUCUUGCACAGCACAGCAACUCUUCUGCUCUGAGUUUGGAGCUAAUUAUGCCUCUGUUAAAGGGCAGUAGGAGCUAGAACAACCUUCCACUGCAGCAGGUAAGUGUAGGUAUGUGAUCUGCAAUAGAAGUCUGUUCCAAUGAGCCACUUUGUCUACUCCUAUGAACAGGAAAAGAAGAACCUUGCCUACAGUGCUGCCUGUGAAAGCAAGCAGCAGAAGGUAAAUAUGGCAGCAUUUCUCACCUUUCUGGUGUCCUGCCAGAUGCUGAGACAUUGAGGAUAAGCUUGUUCUACUUGGUUUUCUGUUCCUUCUUCACCUCUCCUGCAAUUCCAGUGGUUUAGAUUUUCCAUAAGAAGAUGAACUUGCUGGUCUAAGAUUGGGGUAGGUCACCUUUCCCGGGCAAGUCAUGCUCUCCUAUAUGGGAACACUUGAGAGGACAGCUCUCUUCUAGGGGAGUGACGGAGCAGUGCCUCGUGAGGUGGAAGCUGGCAGAAGAACUAGCAAAGGUGACCACUUGGAGAACACAGAGACCUGUCAUGUUUCUGCAGAUGAUAGGGGCUUUUGGGAGGAGACCAAGUAAGAAACAUCAUCAACAAACACCUUCCAGCUCUCUCUACAACUGACAGCUGUUCUUUAGUGUUAGAAUAGAUGGAUAGUGACAGAAAAGAUCCUAUUUGGAGUUCAGUUACCCUAACAACUGCAAUGGGUACAACUGUGUUUUUCAUUAUACAGUACUUUCACAGUGGUUCAUUGUCCUGCUUAGGUGUUCAAGUAUAGAUGUAUAACCUAACAACUUUUCACUCUGUAAUAUUAACAGAGGUUAAAAAAAAAAAAAAAUAGAUGGGACUUGGUAAUACUUCAUACCAUGCAUUUUGCGAGGGGAUCUGAGUACUUGCUGAUUAAUUGAACUUGAUGCAAAUUGGACCAGUGGCUUUGCCCAGUCCAGCUAGAAGAUAAUCCCAAAGCAAAGAAUGUACUUUCCAUGAGGAACACUGUACAGAUUGUUCUUUCAGUGCCUGAAUUCUCUUCCCCAUUAGCAACUGGAAAGCUACCCUUUGUAAAACACCUAGGUGCAUCCUUUUAGGGAGCCUGCUAGUCCCUACAGCUCAGUCUUGCUCUCACCAGUAAGCACUGUCAAAAGGAGCAGGAAGGAAGUCUGAAACUGAGGUGAAACAAGAUCAGUUUGGACUUGUUGGAGGAAUGAGGUUAGCUGUCUUUUCUGAAACUAGCUGGUCAGUUCUUCAGCCCUGGGCCUAAUACACUGAACAAAUUAACAAUAAAUUUACCUGCCACUCCUGAGUCCUACUGUACUGGGAAGCAAGAAGCACUUUGUACUUUAUAGUUUUAUAUAUUUACAAAUACUUGUUUUUAAUAAAGGGAUUUUAAUAAA